AUGAUGGCACAUGAAGUAUCCACACCAAUACAAAUACACGGAAAUGAGAAAAACCCUUCUUUUCAAAACACGUUAAAGAAAACUUCGCGUCAAAAUAAAAAGAAACAAAACGAAGGACAUAAUGGUCAAAUUAGAUUUCUCCCUAGUGGAGCUCCAGUUGAUUUUGGAAAUGGACCUAUUAAGAACAAGAAUAGCAGCCCAAAGAAGCUUAAAGAACCAAUCAAACUAUCAUCUUUACCUUCUUUGCCAAAUGGAGAAAAACCUCAAUUUCACAACGAUAGAGCCGAAUCAAGGAGAAAAAAAGAUGGAGAACAACCAUCAGCCAAGAAUUCAUCCAAAUCGAAAAAGUCCCAACAGGAAAAGGCUACAACAAUAGAGAUUUCGUUACCCAAUGGUGAAAAGCCCAAUUUCAACAAUAAUUCGAAACUCAAAAAGAAUAAUAACAAGAAAGAGAAAGGACCAGUUGCGGUGGUUGUAGAAGAAGAUUCAUCAACGUAUGCUGGAUCAUCGUUCCAUUCUUCACCUGCCGCUUUAAAUCUUCCAAAACCUAAUUUCAAACCUUCGCCAAAACAAAGUGUGGCCGAGAAGGAUAUUGAUCUGGUUUCCCUGAAGCUGGUAGAGGCAUCAACAACCGUGGUGAACCCUACUUCUGUUGGCCCUACACAAAAUCCAUCGAGUCCAACAACAACUAUGUCUUAUUCACCACAGGGAUAUUCAAAUCAACCAAACCAACCAAUUUAUCCUGCCCCUUAUGCUUCUCAACAACCAGUUUACCCACCGCAUGGAAACCAAGGAGCUCUUCCACAUUUUGCACCACAACCAGUUCCACCACCACCUUUACCACCAAAUCAAUUCUACAAUCCAUAUUUGGCACCAGUGCCACAAAUGCGCCACCCUCAACCUUUACAAUCUCAUUCAAAUCAACAAGGUCAAAGAAUUACAUUCAAUCAGUUGUUGGGCUCUUCUAAAUAG